AUGCCGAAGCGCAGAGCCGUAUCGGACAACAGCGACAUUGAAGAUGCGUCCUCGCAGGCCUCUAAGCGCGUUCGUACAAAGAGCAGUGAGGAUGAAAUCGAAGGGACAAUUCGUCAGGCGAUCAGUCGCACGAAAGGCAAGGGCAAGGCGCGUCAACGCACCGAGGAUGUAGCCGAUGAUGAGGACGAUGAGGACGACAAUGUAGCGGACAUUGCGUUAGACGAAGAUGAGGAGAGGAGAUUUGAGGAGGAAUACGAAGAGGCUAUCCGGGAGAAAGUGAUGUCCAAGGGCAAGACACAAGGGGGCAUCGCAGAGAUGGGCAUCAUCGAGUCGCUGGAAAUGCAUCAAUUCAUGUGUCAUAAGUACUUGACGUUUACUUUCGGACCGCAGAUCAAUUUCAUUAUCGGUCAUAAUGGAAGUGGCAAGAGCGCGGUUCUCUCUGCAUUGACUGUAGCUUUAGGCGGGAAAGCUACUUCUACAGGGCGCGGGGCCGGUCUGAAAUCUUUUAUUCGUGAGGGACAAGGUGUGGCAGAAGUUACGGUCGUCUUGAAGAAUCAGGGUGAGGAGGCAUACAAACCCAGCGAAUAUGGCAAGAGCAUCACCAUCACACGUCGUUUUACCAAGGAGGGCUCAUCCUCAUACAAAAUCAAAAGCAAGGAUAAUCGAGUGAUUUCGACUAAACGGGAGGAGUUAUCCGCUAUUUGCGACCACAUGAAUAUACAAGUCGAUAACCCGAUGAAUAUCCUUACUCAAGCUCCACACUCAGUUGUUAUACACGCUGUUCCUAAUAGGUCGCUUCGUAGACAGUUUUUGAGUGCCUCGCAGCCUGCAGACAAAUAUAAGUUCUUCCUUCGUGGUACACAGCUAAGCCAGUUAAGCGAAGAAUAUCAAAUCUGCCUGGAGGGUAUUAGCCAGACCCGGAAGCUUCUGAAACUCAAGUCCGAAGCAAUUCCCGAUUUAGAGGAGGCGUUAGACGACGCCACAAACCAUUUCCAAGAGGCUCAUAAGGCCCGCGAGCAACGUCAUAAGGCUGAUGAGCUAAAGAAGGAGCUUGCGUGGGCCCAUGUUGCUAGCAAGGAGAUGGAGUUGACGACUAAGUUAGAGGAAGUCAGUAAACUCCGGCAUCGGUCGAGCAAGAUCAAAACCGAUCUCGCUACCGCUGAGAAAAAGUUUGAUGCGGCCUCUCGUACAGUGGAGGCUUAUGAGGCUGACCUCGAAGGAAUGGGCGAAAUUGAACAGAUUCGAGACCAGAAGAAAGCUCUCACGGAUAAAAUGAGAGACAACAAGGGUAAAAUCGCUGACUUGAAGGAAGAGCAGAAAACGAUGAACACUAACCUCACCAACGUCAAGAAUCAGAUUUCUGCGCUCAAUGCGCAGAUCGAGAAAGAGAAGGCCCGCGUUGAGGGACUGUCACAGGGGAAGCGGGAGGAGACCAACUUAAAGCUACAGCAAGCCCAAGCUGACUGCUCUGAAGCCGAACGUCGGCUACACACUGUUAGGACGGAGAAGGAGCAGAAGGUCGCUGAGCUUAAGGAAUUCGAACAAAUCGGCAAACAGAUGGAGGGUGAGGUCAAUGCGCUCAAGAACCGGGUUAUGGAGAGUCAGAAUCAGUUGCAGCAAUGCAUCGCAAGGGAGAAGAAUAAACUCGCGCCAUUUGGUAACAAUAUGGACCAGGUGCUACAAUCAAUUCAACAGAUGAGAUGGCACGGUAAUAGGCCCGUAGGACCGUUUGGAAUGUAUGUCAAUGUUCUGGAGCCGGAAAGGUGGGCCCCUUUGAUGCGCGUGCAGCUGGGUAGCAUGAUGAGUGGGUUUGCAAUUACGGAUCCGCGCGAUCGGCAGCCUCUGUACGACCUACUCCGUCGCACCAGAAAUGACCGAAGCACCAUUACUAUCUCGGAGGUCGAUUUGUUCGAUUACAGCAGGGGAGAGCCCCCCGCGGGGGUGCCUACCGUCUUGCGCGCUCUGGAUGUGACGGAUGAAUGGGUGCUUCGUAUCCUGAUAAAUACUAAUUCCAUUGAGAGAAUUGUUAUCGCCCCUACACGUCGAGAGGCCGAUGACCUUUUGCAGACCUUAGGAAGGGGUGGAAUAGCAUGGUCUGCCGACCUGUUUAGGGUCCAACGCUUCGCCGAAGGUGGUGGUUCGUCCAAUCCGAUGAACGGAAUAGGUGGCGGCGAUCCUCGCCAUCAGUUGUUCACAGGGAAUGAUCCCUCUGUCGCUAAAGCACGUUGGGAGGAUGAAGUCAAGAAGGCCGAAGCAGAGUAUCGUGCCAUGGGCGAGAAAUUGAAGGUUCACAAGCACCGCUAUGAUCAGCUGCAGAAGGAUAUACGUGGCCUUAACGCACAGGAAGCCCAGGUGAACCAGCGGCUGAGAGAAAUGCGGUCUAUCAGAGAUGCGCUCGUGGUUGAGAGCAAUGAAGACAUGCCCGUCACCAUCCAGGCGCUCGAGGAGUCCAAGGCGGAAUUGGAGAGAGACAAAGAGUCAACUAUUGAUCAGUUCAAGGCGGUGGAGAAGAGCAGAGCAGAGUUGGAUGCUGCGCAGAUUCCCUUUGUGGAGAAGCUGGAACAGCUCAACCGUCAAAUUCGUAAUUUUGACGGCGAGAGGACCAGAAUCGGUCAACUGAUCGCGGAUGCGGUGGAAAAUCGAGUUCAGGCGCAGAACAGCAUGCAGUGGUAUGCCAAUAAACUACAGGCAGAACAGAAGGGGAUUCAGACUGCUGAAGAAAUCGCAAAGAACGUACAAGAAGAGUUUGAGGCCUGGACGGCUAAAGCUGAGGAAUACUGCGAACGUUGGGACAAUCCACGCAAGGCAGAUGAAGUGCAACGCGCACUAGAGGCUGUUCAGACUGCUUUGCGUCAAAGGGAGAAAGAGCAAGGCGCAUCUGUGGAAGAGAUGACUAUCGAGGUCAACAAAAGAAAGGCUGCGCUUGAUACGGCCAAGAAGGACCUGAAGAACAUGUUGACACUGAACAAGGCCCUCAAGAAGUCGAUCAAGAUUCGAGUAAUGAAAUGGCACGACUUCCGUAGACACAUUGCAUUACGAUGCAAGGUGUAUUUCCAAUACCACUUGUCUAAUCGUGGCUACUACGGAAAAGUUUUAUUCGACCAUCCUCGUGGGACGCUGCAGCUUAAGGUGCAAACGGACGAUCAGACACUUACACAAAAUACGAGAGAGAAAGACCCUCGUUCCCUCAGUGGAGGUGAAAAGUCGUUCUCCACGAUCUGUCUGCUUUUAUCGCUUUGGGAGUCGAUUGGCUGUCCUAUCAGAUGUCUAGAUGAGUUUGAUGUCUUCAUGGAUGCUGUGAACCGGCGUAUAAGUAUGAAGAUGAUGAUCGACACGGCGAACACUUCCAACCAGAAACAGUACGUUUUGAUCACGCCGCAAGAUAUGACAAACAUCAGUAUUGGCAACACUGUACGAGUACAUCGCAUGACGGACCCUGAGCGGGGGCAGGGUGUUUUGGCGUUCACGUAG